GCGCCGGCCUAUAAAAAGACUCUCAACAAUCCCCAGAAAUAGCAAACAGUUGAGAUACUACAAUGUGGCUGCUCGAGGUAAUCUUUAUUGCCUGUCUGGCGGCGGCCUCCGUGAGCGGAGCCGCGGGGGAAGUUAAGCUCCCCACGGAGCAGGCCUUUGUGCCCCGCUAUACGCCCGAGAGCAAGCGUCAGGAUCUGGAUUUACCCGCCUCGGGGCAGAGCCUGGAAGAGCAGCAGCAACUCAGACCUCCUGUGGCAGGCGACAAAAAACCUUGGCGGCGACGCGUGGACUACGGUUACGAUGGCGUUUCUACGGCUGCCUGGUCAGCGGCUCCCUCGCCACCGGCCGCCAUCCUGUCCAUUCUAAAUCCCCUGCUGGCUCCUGGUUUGCUCCUGCUAGGCGUUAAUUUGGGCGCCCUGCUCUACAUGCUGCUGGGACUUUUAGGCCUGGCUCCGCAUCGUAGCAGCAGCAGGAGUGGCAGCAUUUCCCAGGCCUGGCCAACUCACAGCGAUGAGAUCCUCUACAGACACAAUCUAGGUGAGGGGGGCAAGGAAACGGCUGUAUAUUUUUAAAUAAAGAGCG